UGACAACUCCGGUCACUGAUACAAACGAGUAGAGCUGACUUGAUUGUAGUAUCGUGGGCAGUACUAAAUGCGCGUGUUACCUACCGUCUUGGCCUAGAAAUAGAACGCUUGUCACUUGAAAUGGAAUGUUCUUGAAGCACGCAGCUCAGAGAACAAGACGUGUUCUUAAUUUCAGGGUCUGAGAGACACAGAUUUCUGUUGAGGAAUGCUAGCGAGCCAACGGACUUGCGGCCUUCCUUGGCUGCUGGUAUGGACGCUAUCCCAAGUUGUUAUUUGGCACGGUUUCCCCCCUGCACUUGGUCGCGAAGAUGACGGGAACCCUUACGUCUGGGCCGAUGGAAAAAUAGACACCGUGCAAGCAAAUGUUGGCCAGACAGUUUCGCUAGUUUGGAGAUAUGACAUGAAGGGACAAGACUAUGACUCUUUGCUCUGGGGAAAAGCUGACGAGAAAAACAACUUUCAAUCUAUAUUUUUUAUUAAGACGCCUGCAGAAGCGAUGCCCGUUCUGCAGAAAUCCGUUCCACCGUCUUUCCUAGGACGGAUCAGGAUUAAGGAUCGUGCAACACUUGAAAUCACCAAUGUACAACUAUCCGACGAGGGAAACUAUGUCUGUGAAUUACGUACUCUGUUCAUGAUGAUCAAGGCGAAAAUCAACCUCAUCGUCAUUGCUCCCGCCAAAAUCAAGUCCAGUCCACCGGCAACUGUACAGUACAAAGAGGGAGAGGUGAAAAAGCUAGUAUGUAAAGCGACCGGCAAGCCGAACCCGUGGGUCAUCUGGUACAAGGAUGGGAAAGAGGUUAUGAAGCGGAAAAAGCGCGCCGAGAUUGCUUUCGACCCGGUCACCGACGCUGAUAUGGCGUCUUAUAAAUGCGUGGCGCAAAAUAGCGGCGGGAAAGAAGAGCGAGUGACCAAUGUUACGGUCAUGUUCAAACCCAAAGAAACCACAUUAAGGACCGACGCUAAUGGAAACACAGUGAGCGUGGGAAGUACUGUCAGCUUCUUCUGUGCUGCUCGGGGCUACCCGAAACCCACGUACAAGUUCUACAUCAAGGCUCGCGGACAGCCCCCAAGGAGACUGGACUACAGAGAUGCAGAGCUCACGGGGCACAUCAAGAACCUAGGGGUGGUGGACUCUCGGUGGCACGGCACAUACAUUUGCAUACCGAGCAAUUCCGUGGGCGAGGGCCCAAGACAGGAACUCCUGCUAUAUGUCCGCUACCCCCCUCAGAUAAUUCGUCCACCACGUGACAUGAAUGUAGACGAGGGCGACCAAAAAACCAUAGUGCAGUGCCAGGCCGACGGGUACCCCAGCCCUCAGAUCACGUGGCUCAAGCUGUCGAGGCCAGACCAGAUCCUAAGCAAGGGGGAGACGUUCUUUAUCACAAGUGUGACCAGAGAGGAUCAUGGGUUAUACCGCUGCAUGGCGCGGAAUAACGUUGGGGCAGCCGCCAUCAAGGACUUCACAAUCAACGUCCGAUAUCCCCCGGUCAUCAACACCACAGCCUCUAGCAGGCAAGUUGCCGCCUGGAUAGGAUACAGAGCUACCCUAGACUGUUAUGCUGAUGGGAACCCUUUGCCAAAGUACACAUGGCGAAAUGCUAGCGGUGUGAUCGCGGUCUCGGAGACUGGCGGCAAGUUGACUGUUACUGCGCAUGACAAUAGUGCAUUUGGUGAUUACACUUGCGAGGCGUCGAAUUCCCGCGGCCGUGACUCGCACACUGUCACACUCAUCAAAGUCGGCAAACCUGGUCCUAUCACACUAAACGUGAAUGUCCGGACGCAGAACUCUCUACACGUUCAGUGGGCCGUUUCGGACACAGGGCAGAGUAAGAUCAUGCAUUUCACACUCAAGUACAAGCUUACCGGACCGAAGACUUCGUGGGUCACACUGCCGAUCCUCCAGGCGAAGAUUUCUAAGUAUGUGGUGAAGGAAUUGGAGCCUUUCACGUCAUACACAUUGCGACUUACCGCGACCAAUGAGUACUUCACGAGUGAACCUGUAGAUGUCACCACUAUGACCACGGAAGCAGCGUCUUCCGAGCCUCGAGACAUCGUCGUUUUCCCAGUCAACAACUCGGCCGUAACCGUCAAAUGGCAGGAGCCGGCCAAAAUCAACGCGAAGAGCUUGUCAGGCUACACAGUGCUUUACUGCCGUAUUCCCGAGUGCGAUGGGUUAGCGUCCGAGGCCACACCACGCGUAUCUGUCGCUCAUAACAUCACGACCGCCGUCAUUGGCUCGCUCCAGGCCUUCUCAAACUACACUGUCAGAGUCAAGGCAUUCAACACUGUGGGCGGAGCGGAAAGUAAAUCUGUGUUGGUCACCACGGCCAUGGCAGCCCCUUCCGUGCCAGAACUGCUAAAAGUCAACACUUCUGGAUUUGAGGUUCGCUUGAGAUGGAACCGUCCGCGCAUGCUCAAUGGCGAGAUCACCAUGUUUCGUGUUAGAUUCCAGUGGAAGCUUUUAAAUGACGGCUCCUACUCCGAGGAAGAACUCUUAAUCCCCGCGGAUGUCACAGAUCGGCGGAGACGGCAACGGCGGAGAGUUAAGCACACGAGGCUUCAUUUUAACGUACUACGUCUUCGCCCUCAGCGCGAAAUGCUGAUCAGCGGUCUGUAUCCAUACGCGCAGUACACGAUAAGCGUGUGUGAAGGAACUGGAGGGAUUAAUCGCGGGGUGAUGUGGGGUCCUUAUAGCGAUCGCGUGUCUGUGGAGAUGCCCGAAGGACCGCCAAGUAGACCCGUGAAUUUGGGAGCGUACUCUACGGACUUGGACAGCCUGAGCAUCUCAUGGGAGCGACCGGACUACCCUAAUGGCAAGAUUCGACAGUAUACCAUCAUGUACUCCAACACCACGGGCCGCAACUACAGCGUCAACAUACGAGAGGACCUGAAGAGCGAGGGCUUUAAAUACCAUUUGAAGGGGUUAAGGCCGUACAGCCCAUACACCAUACGGGUGAGGGCGUACACUCUGUAUGCUGGUCCGUUUAGCGAUCCAGUUCACGCUAGCACGGGACUACAAAGGGUGAAUAACAGCAUGAAUAACUCAACGGCCGAGUUUAACGCAACCAGCGCUGCCUCGGCGGCGAGCCUUCCCACCGCCGUCACGACUCUCGCACAGAAGCAUGAAACAGUGGCUUCUUCCGAGCAGAGGGACUGCCGCGAUCCGCCCUGUCCUAACACAGCUGCGCGGGAGAGCGAGAUGGAUUCCGGCUCGCUGUUCGGUGGAGUGUUUGCCGGUAUCAUCCUCUUUGCGUUUGUUAUCAUCAUCGCUGUCCUAUUAGUGAGGAACCGGCGCCGUAAACGAGAUUCGACAGAACUGAAAGGGAACCGAUAUGGUGUGGCCAACUCCAAUGACAGUGGGAUCGGAGAAAAGGAAUCCCUUGAUAACGUACCGGGAGUCAAGUACAUGCAAGGGCGGAGGGGAUCUGAAGAAGUGAUCGGUCCCGGCAAGUUUGUCACCGUCAAGCCCAUACCUGUGAACAAGCUUGCGGAAUACUGCCAAAUCCACCACUCCACGGGCAACAAGUCAUUUAAGGAGGAGUUUAUGUGUAUUCGGACGCCCGGAAACUUCUCAUGGGAUCAUAGUCUGAAAGAAGAGAACAAGCCAAAGAAUCGCUACCAGAAUAUCGUUGCCUAUGAUCACACACGAGUCGCGAUAUCGGAAUUGGACGGCAUCCCUGGGUCGGACUACAUCAAUGCCAACUUCAUCGAUGGCUACAACCACCGUAACAAGUUCAUCGCUACCCAAGGCCCCGUCUCCAAUACGUUUGACGACUUCUGGCGGAUGGUGUGGGAACACGGCUGCAGCGGUAUCGUCAUGGUUACGAACAUUGUCGAGCGUGGAAAGCUGAAGUGCCAAAAAUACUGGCCAAGCGCCAACCCAGAGGAGUACGGCCGCCUUGUUGUUACUCCGCUGGAAGAGGAGGAGCUCUCACACUACGUCAUCAGGAAAUUCUGCAUUGAAAUUGCAAACAGUGACGUGGAAAGCCCAGCUCGCGAAAUUGUACAGUACCAUUACACUGCUUGGCCCGACCAUGGUGUACCAACACACGCUACUUCCUUACUGUCAUUCAUCAGGCGCAUCCGUAACUCCGUGUCCAGGGAUGCAGGACCUAUAGUGGUACACUGCAGUGCGGGCGUCGGUCGCACUGGGACCUACAUUGUAUUGGACGCCAUGCUAGACCAGAUGUCAAAGGAAGGAGCUGUGGACAUCUUCGGGUUCGUUAGCCACACCAGACUCCAGCGAAACAUGAUGGUACAGACAGAGGCGCAGUAUAUCUUUAUCCACGACGCCCUCAUGGAGGCGGCCAAGUGCGGCAACACAGAGUUCAAAGUUCAGGAUCUCCACGACCGAAUCAAAGCACUGCAGUCCCGUGACCCUGACUCUGGCGACACAUACAUUGCCAAGGAAUUCAAGAAUCUGGAUAUCGGUGAUAGUGAUGUGGAGACGUUCGAUAGCGCCUCGAUGCCGGAGAACAAGUCAAAGAACAGGUUCCUUGUCUUGCCAUAUGACAGAACGCGAGUCAAGUUAUGGCCCUACCCAGGCGUCCUCGGAUCAGAUUACAUCAACGCUAGCUUUAUUGACAGCUAUCAGCAGCGCGAGGCAUUCCUGGCGACUCAAGCCCCUCUGGAGACGACCAUAAACGAUUUCUGGCGAAUGCUUUGGGAGUACGAAUCAUACACGGUGGUGAUGCUCAACAAAGAUUCAGAAAACAUCAAGGGCCAGUCGUAUCUGCCAGACAAGGGCGAGUUCGUGGUUUACGGUUUACUGAUGGUUGAAGUGGAAUCGGAAGAGAGGCAAGAGGGUUACAUUAAGAGGCAGCUGAAAAUCUCCAAUACAAAGAGCAGCGAGGUUCGUAACGUAUUCCACUUCCAGUACGAAGACUGGCCCGAAGAUGGCGUCCCUCAGGAUGGCAAGCUAGUCAUUGACAUGCUCAAACACAUUGCGCGUGCUCAACAGCAGACUGGAAACGGACCAAUCACUGUGCACUGCAGUGAUGGCAGCGGUCGUACAGGAACAUUCUGUGCUAUCAGUAUCGCCCUCGAGCGGGUAAAGCUUGAUGCAACAAUCGACAUGUUCCAGACAGUGCGCAACCUCAGAACACAAAGGCCAAUUAUGGUGCAGACGCCGGAGCAGUACAAGUUCUGUUACGAAGUCGUCCGACACUUCGUAGAGGCGUUCAGCGACUAUGCCAACUUCAAAUAGCGAAAAUGAAGAAACUAUAUACUAUAUAGAGAUAUUCCAAGCUCCGAGAGCGAAAAUAGAAGCUUACGUUGGGUUCGCUACUAAAGAAAACACACAAAUGAAAGGAAAUAAUUUCCUAGUCGGAAGGGCUAGAAAGCAAAUAUCAGAUCAAGCCUGCCAUUUGAAUAUAAGGUUGAGUUUUGAGCAAAGACGUUGAGUUCCCUUUGCGGGACAGUCAUCCAUGGAACUCUUCUCAACGACGGACAUGAAAAAUCUAAAGUAUUAUGCUUCAGUACAAGAGCCAGUAUAGCUUAAAGUAUUUUGAUUCGGUACACCCGGUAUAGGGGAUUUAGAUCGCAAAAGCUUAGAAAUAUUAUGAUUCAGUACACCUGGUAUAUGGGAUGUAGGUCGCGUUUGGCGGCGGGUCAGGUGAAUCUGACCGUUUAUACUUGAUUUUUAGAAGAAAAACAGUUAUUCCCUACCUCAGUCACAAUCUCGUAAAAGACGUUUGUACGUUUCAGCGAACAAAGAAUAUCAACUUCUCACUGGCUAGGCAUGUUUUAUUUUAGUGCUGCAUUAUGGGUAGUUUUCACUUGAAUUUAAGAUCAAACGCAACGCAAGUGUAAAUCGGCCAAAUACAAGGGCGAGUUGCGUUCUGUGUUUGGGUCCUAGUGAGAAUCAACCUUUAGGGCUAUUGUUGCCAUUGCGGUCAUUUAAGUUGAACUUGAGCGCGUCGCACUAUAAAAGAAAAUUCGUUUUAAUUGUAGAGUUCUUUCGCCUUGGCAAUUUCAUAUUAUGUAGUUAUUCAAAAUGUUUAAAUUACUUUUCAAGAGCUGAGUGACGCGAGUUCAUGGUGAAAGAAAGGUGUGAUAUGAGGAAUUUUCCUCUAAGGUUAGUGUAACGUUAUGGUACACUUCACCUUGAGCUGGUACCGCUGCAGAAUACCGGGAACAGUGAGUUCCCAUAGGUUUCGGCGGAAAGAUCGAUCAAGUCGUUCGAUCAAUCUCGUAACUCGGUCAAACUUUCCGCCGUACCAAUGGAAACGCUUACUUCAUAGGCAAGGAAUUUACCCUGAUUGCACAGGAAUAGAUGUUGGGUUCAGGUUCAUUGUUUUGUUUUGAAAGUGGUUGUCGUCCAUUCUCUCGCCACUUAAGGUUGACAUGUGCUGUACAUCAACAACUGAGACUCCAUACCACCAGUAAAAAGAAUCUUACUAAUAUUUUUGUACUUUUUAUAAUAAAUCCAUCUCAGAUAACACUCCUAUAUUUGCGCUGGUUAUGUGUAUAAAAGAUAAUUUAAUUAAAGGAAAAUUUAAAAAAAAA